UUCUUCUCUAGUCUCUAUUUUUUUCUUGCCUUCUCUUGUCCUGUUAAAAAAAUAAUAAAAAAAUAAAAAAAAUAAAACAUCUUGUUGAGUCAAAUGUCGAGUGCUGAAAGUGGAAAGAAAGAUCCAGCAUGGAAGUAUUCAACGAUGGUAAAUCUUGGAAACCUAAGUAAGUAUGCAAUUUUUGUGGAAAAGAGAUGAAUAGGGGUGUUUGUUGAGUUAAGCAACAUCUUGUUGGAGGGUAUAGGAAUCCCAACUUAGGUUAGAGAUGAGAUUUCUGAGUUUAUGGCUAAAAAAAAGCAAGUUAAGGAGCAAAUCAACUUGAUCCCUGAUUUUGAUGAUAUGGUUGAUGAAGAAGAUUUUGAGGAUGGGGAUGAUCUUGUAGAACUCCCUCAGCAUGGUAAAAAGUCCAUUCCUACUCAAGGUUCUACUGAAAGAACCAGCUCUGGUUCUGUUCAAUCCAAACUUAAAAGGCCUAGGAAGAUAGGGCCUAUGGAUUGUUUCUUCACACCUGAUCCAGAUGUGGUGGCGCAAAAACAAAAAGGUAAGGGGAAGCAAAGUAAAAUUGAUGAAAAUGAUCCCUAUAAGAAAGAGUUAAUGGAAUGGGCGUAUGUUAGAAUUGCAAUAUGGAUGUAUGACAUUGGGAUUCCUUUCAAUGCAGUGAAUUAUGAUAGUUUUGGGCCAAUGAUUCAAGCUAUCGGGCAAUUUGGUCCUGGUUUGAAACCACCAACUUAUCACAUGAGACGAGUUCCUUACCUCAAAAAAGAAGUGAAUCAUGUUAACAAAUUGAUGAAGGAACAUAGAGACGAUUGGGCAAAGUAUGGAUGUUUUAUAAUGUGCGAUGGUUGGACAGAUAAGAGAAAUAGGACUUUGCUUAAUUUCUUAGUGAAUUUUCCCAAAGGCACCAUGUUUAUUGAAUCCAUUGAUGCAUCUAGUUACUCAAAGGAUAGAAAUAAGAUGCUUAAUUUGCUUGAUAAUUUUGUGGAGAAAAUUGGAGAAGCUAAUGUGAUCCAAGUCAUCACGAAUAGUGCGGCAGCAAAUGCAUUGGUAGGUAAAAAUCUUUAGAAAAACUUAUUAUGUUAUUAUUUUGCAACAUAAAUCAUUUUGUUUCAUAUCAUUAAUUUUGUGUUUUGGUUGUUACUUCUAAUAAGGAAGUUUUUGGAGACAAAGAGACCCCACUUGUACUAGACGCCUUGUGCAGCCCAUUGUUUGGAUUUAAUGUUGAAAGACAUCUUCAAAUUACCCAAUUUUAGGAAGACAUUUGAAAGGGCAAUUGGGAUACAUGGUUACAUUUAUAACCGACCAUCUUUGUUGAAUAUGAUGAGGUGUUUUACUCAGUUGAAGGAGUUAGUUAAGCCUGCCAAAACUAGAUUUGCAACGACUUUCUUAACUUUACAAAGGGUUUAUCAACAAAGGAACAAUUUGAGGAAGAUGUUCACUUCAGAGUGGACCAAAAGCAAAUGGGUAAAGGAGCCACAGGGUAAGAAGACAGCUCAAAUACUACUAAUGCCUUCAUUUUGAAACCAUUGUCACCUUGCCCUCCAAUUUUCAUGUCCUCUUGUUCAUGUACUAAGAAAGGUUGAUGGUGAAGAAAAGCCUCCAAUGAGUUACAUUUAUGAGGCUAUGGAUAGGGCUAAGGAAGCUAUUGCAAAUAGCUUCAAUGGAAAUGAAGAAAAGUACAAAGAUGUGUUUCAAAUCAUUGACCAAAGGUGGAAUAUUCAAUUGCAUCGCCCUUUACAUGCAGCUGGGUUUUAUUUAAAUCCAGAAUUUUUUUACAAAGAUCCAAGGGCUAAAAAGCACAAAGAAAUCGUAUCAGGCCUAUAUCAAUGUAUAUCAAGGUUGAUCCCAACACUAGAGGUCCAAGAUAAAGUUACUGCACACUUGAAAAAAAUAUGAAAAUGCUAAAGGACUUUUUGGAAUACCUAUGGCAAUUAGACAAAGAAAAUUAAGUUAAUAGUCAGUUCCUUAUAGUUUAAUUAUCUGUGAAGUGUUAACUAAUAAUCAUUUACAGCUGAUUGGUGGAGUUCUUAUGGUCAUGAUGCUCCUGAGUUGCAACAAUUUGCCAUUAAAGUUCUUAGUCUUACUUGUAGUUCAUCUGGUUGUGAGCAGAAUUGGAGUGCGUUUGAACAUCUUCACAGCAAAAAGAGAAAUAGGCUAGCUCAAAAACGUCUCAAUGAUUUGGUCUUUGUCAAGUAUAAUAGAGCAUUGAAACGUCGAUACAUUUCACGUGGCAAAUUUGAUCCCAUCUCUUUGAAAGAUAUUGAUGAAAGCAAUGAAUGGCUGAUUGGGAGGAUGGAGAAUGAGCUUGUGUUUGAUGAUGAUGAUGAUUCUUUGGGGUGGGAUGAUGUUGCUGUAGCUGCUGCAGUUGAGGAAAGUAACCAAAGAACUAGA